GAAAUAUCUGCUUUAAUAGCCAAGAAUGGGAAACCUUUCACAGAUGGCGAAAUGAUAAAAAAGCGUCUUAUCAUCGCAAGUGAGAAGAUGUGUCCUGAGAAGACAAAGUGUUUUCAAACAAUCAGUCUUAACCACAGGAUAAUACAAUGGAGAAUCUCGCAAAUUGCAUCAGACAUUUCUGGCCAACUUAAUAUUUUAGUUGCAAACUGUGCUUAUUUUUCUUUGGCUGUGGAAGAAUCCACUGACAUAUCAUCAACAGCACAAGUGAUUGUGUUUAUUAGAAGUGUUUCACUAGAUUUUAUUGUGAAUGAAGAAUUUCUUGGCAUGGCAUCACUUUCCGGACAUACAACUGGUGCUGACUUACUUACUGGUUUAUUGAGCGUUUGCAACAAAUCAGCACUGGACUUUGACAAGCUAUCCAGCAUUGCCACUGAUGGAGCACCAUCUAUGGUUGGAUGUGAGAAUGGCAUGGUCACCUUGCUGAAAAACCACCUUGGGGACAGGCAAAAGGAGUUAGUCCAGUAUCAUUGCAUAAUUCACCAACAGCAACUUUGUGCAAAGAAGCUGGGAUUUGAACGUCUGCUGAAAGAUGUCUAUGAUACUGUGAACUUAAUCCGCCGUCAUGGACUCAACCAUCGACUCUUCACAUCAUUUCUUGAAGAAAUAGAUGCUGAUUAUGCUGACCUGCCCACGUAUACUGAAGUUCGUUGGCUGAGCAAGGCAACAGUCCUCAAGAGAUUUGUGGAGCUAUUGGGGCCUAUUAUCACUUUCCUCAAAGAACGGGGGAACACUACAAGGAAUUUGGAGGGACAAAGAUGGCAGUGUGAUUUAGCUUUCCUUGCUGACAUUACUGCUUAUCUAAACGACCUUAAUUUGAGAUUGCAGGGAAAGAUGCAACUUGUUUCUCAGUUGACAAGUAACAUCAAUGCAUUUAUGACCAAACUAUCACCUUUCAAGUCCCACAUGCAAUCAGAGAACUUUACACACUUUCCACAUUGCAAGGCCAUGAAAGAGAAAUAUCCACAUAUGAAAAUGGAUUACUCUGUCCAAGCUUUCCUGAAUCAUGAAUGUACACUUGCAAUAUUAUUUAUGACUCAAGCUAAUGAAGAAACUGUCAGUUAUGAAGGAGAUGGUUUAUCAUCACCAUUGAAAAAUAGCAGUGAUUCAAAGCUUAGACUUUCAAGAACUCAUAAGAAAGCUGGAUACUAA